UGUUAACUUGUCACACUGCAAGUCACCAGUCGAAAAGAUGAGUUCUUUUUCACACAUGCUUGCAACCCUUGUGGCGGUGAUAUCCUGCAUCAGCGCCCAGGAUACUGAAUACGCCGACAAGCGGUACCUCAAGGCAUACUUCGACACAGACCCCGACGGCCCCUACCUCGAGUUCGACAGCUACUCCUCUGACCUCAUCGUCGAGGGCGUGGACAACAUCAUCAAGCGCGUCUGCAUGACGGGAGAUUGGCUGCUCUACGAGGGCUCUUCUUACUUCGGUUCGAGUUAUUUCUAUCCCGGCGCGAUCGACAGCUGUCACAAUUUGCCCUCCGUGGCAUCAGUUUCAUCUCUGCGGUACGCUGGCAGCCCAAUCGGUUUGGACGACAUCUAUUUCAACCUUUACACGGGGGCCUAUUACACGGGGGCUGAAAUGACGGGCAACGCUGACCUCGGGAACUUGGGCUCAUUUGACCUAGCGAUAUCAUCCUUGGUUAUAUCUGGACAAUCACCGUGGACUUUCUUCACAGGAACUCAGUUCGACGGCGUGGCCAUUUGCGUGCGCCCCACUUUCUUAACCGAUAACAACGGUGUCUCCUACCAUCAUGCGUACGUGAAUUUGGUGGCAGAUCUGGGCAUCCCGGACAAUUCGAUCAGGUCGGUGGCCAGGGGAUGCAAAUCCGGCAACGUCUACAGAGGUAAACCUCGCAACGUGCAGCACGCUGAGGAUCUCCAACCCAUGGAGCACGUGGGGGAUCUCCAACACGUGGAGCACGUGGGGGAUCUCCAACACAUGGAGCACGUGGGGGAUCUCCAACACGUGGAGCACGUAAAGGAUCUCCAACACACGGAGCACAUGGGAGAUCUUAAGCCCUUGACGCCUGGAAACUGACUCCAUCGCGUGGAACACGUACAGAACCUAAAGAACGUGGCAAAUGGGACCGACUGAUGCAUUUAGGAUUCGACUUUAUAUACAAGAAGUAGGCUACAUGUAUCAAACGCUUAUGUUAGUUGUACAGCGGAACAGUUAUAGCUUGCCCAAGUAAAAACACUCCAAUCAAUCGACAUAAUAUACUGUGCUAUGUAAUUUUAUACUCCAUGGCUAGUCUCCAUGGAAAUUUGGAAGAACAAUAAGUCUACAGUGAAAUUGUAGCCGGAAAUUAUGAUAAAUAUUUCUUUCGUCGAUCAGCCUAAAUUAUGAACAUUUCCGCUAAUCUCAAUCCAUAUUGUAUCACGUAGAAUAUUGUAUCCUCUUAUUCCGAGAAUUGUUCUUCGUUCUUUGAUGAUAAAGUAUAAUGCAUACUUGAAAAUUUGAAAUGCUACAAUUUUCUCUACAUAAAAACCCAUCACAGGUAAAUAUUUUUCAAAUGAUUGCAUAAACUCUUGCAUUCUUUUGUAUCGAUAUGUUUCAAUGAUAGGAUGCCUAUUUGUUCGCAAUCUUUUGAGUCAUGCUCUCUUCAUUCGCAGA